AAUGUCGUGCCCGAAAAAAAGACGUAAUAAUUUAGCACGAAUGAACUUGGUUCCAGGCAGGUUUUCGUCAAACCUCUAAAGAAGUCUCCUUCACCUCGUGCCCGCGCAGGUGUGGCUCUCGGGCUCGUGCCAGUUACCCCCCCACCCCCAGUGAAAAAACUACAAACCCUAGCGGCGCGCUCCCGUAAAGUAAUUCAUUGUAUCAGUUCUAGACGGAAGGCAACGGCGAGUGAACCGCCUGGUCGGCAAAAGCGACUUUACUCCGGGAUACAUUGAAAAAUACAGCUGCUUACCACGUUAAACUGCAGGUAAACUACUUUCUGAUAUACCGGAUGAUCGUUACGUACUUCUUUUUCAUAUUUUCGUGUUUAUAUGCGGGCGGUGUGAUUUUAAAAGUUACACACAGCUUGGAGAGGCCCUGGUAUCAAAGCUAGAAGCUAGCGGGGUAACGGUAUGCUAAGUUAGCUUUAUUCCUAACCGACCUCAGUUUCUGCGCUGCUUCCGCAGUUGCCGGUCAGUUGAGCAGGCGAAGAAAUUUCAGCGUAUAUCUUGAUGUAAACACCGUGGCCAGAACAGGUUGACAGAUCAGAUGUAUAGUUGAUGAACUAGUUGGACUUGGAGAAAGUAAACUGUUAAAACUGACUGGAAUGAACGUGUGUGUUUUAGCCGUAGUCAAACAAUGAGACUCUUCAGUUGUCUUCUCCGAGCAUGCGGCUAUCCUUUGGCUCGGUGAGCUGCUGUGAGAAGAGGAUUUGACUGUGACAGGUUAAGCGUUAUAUUGAUUAAAUAAAUCACCUAUGUACUUUCGUCAAAUACAAGAACUCUACUUUGUUCGAUGUGUUAAAACAUGGCUGUGUUCAAAGCACACCAUCUUUAUUUGUCGUAUUUAAAGUUUUUACCUUUUCUUAUAUGAUCUUCCGUACUCUGACGAGUCAUAGGUGUGUGUGUCUGUGUGUGCGUGUGGCUUAGUGUUCAGUUUGCAUUGGGGCCACCCACCCAUUCUUCCACUGCGGACACACUGGCCAUCUGUUGCCUCUGUGAUGACGCCAUCUUUCUGGUGACCCACCCAGUAGCGAGCUGGUUUAAAACCGUGUUUGACUUUACACUGGGAGUCCAUACAAACCAUGCUACAACUUUCACUACGCUUUUGCCAUACUGGCCCAUGGACCAGACUUAUCACCCACCAGACUUAUAACCAGCAGUAUAUGUGGAUAAGAUGUUGGAACCCAAGUACCAAUGGGUUUGUGGUAUAGCGUCAAAGUGUUUAUUACCUGACAUUGUGUAUUACAUGGGAACAUUAAUUAAUAAUGUGGUGGAGCUGGACAAUAUUCUGCAGUUUAAUUGCAAUAAGAAAAUUUGCAAUACACAAAAUACACACCUUAAAGGUAAAUAUGUAUUUUCAUAGGUUAAAAAGGAAGUCUUAAGUAACAAUUGAGGCUUUAUCAUGCAGAAUGGGUGUAAUGGCUGUGCUUGUACAUUAUUUUUGUGAAAUUAGAUAAAACUCAAGCUCUCCACCAGUAAGGCCGGGAUGAUAAGCUUUUCGGCAGAUUCGAUUCUUCUACGAUUUUUUGACUGCCAGUCCAAUUUAAAUUGCGAUUCUAGGAUAUUGUCGAUUUUUAGUUUGCAUUUUUGACACCAGUGAAACAGUUGAAUGGUUAUGAUUGUCUACUGACUAUUCCAGGAUCCAUAUUUCCCCAAAAAGUACACUUCACAUGUAAUUCAGUUUUAAAGAUGUAUUCUUAAAUUUGGGGGAUUUUUGAACAUCCAAAUCGAUUUAAAAAAUUGUAAAACAAAAAACUCGUGAUACUUGUGUGAAUCGAUUUUUUCCCUCCCACCCCUAUCUAUCAUUUACCUUCACAUAACCUUGUGCCAAACAAGUGCAUAAAACAAAGACUUCUGAACUAGUUUAAAUUUAGUUUUUUUUUCAUGGUGCAGCUUAUAUCCCCAAAAAGUAAAGAGAAUUCAAUAUCAGUUGUUCCUAAUAUCAUGCAGCCUUAUAAUUGAUACUGUUCUUCAUGAAAGUAUGUGUGAGUAGACAAUCAAACUUAAAUAAAUAGUCAGUAGCCCUGUACAUGAUUGUUAAGCCACUAGAUAUUGAUUCUCUUCCACCAAGACAAGAAAUUGUGAAGCUACCUUGCUCUCUCCAACUUGUUAGAUAAAGAGUUUUUCUGAACUGAAUUGGAAAAAUCUCAGAUUUGUAUUUGUGCUAAGUGGCUGAUUAUUAAUUGUAUUGUACUACCUCUGGAGUAGUGCAUGACAAGACACCUAAGCUAUCCCUCCUGCACCUAAGGGUGGAGGCAGGCACGGUUGCAAGUUGCACACAUUGUCUGUCACCCUUGAAGCCAUUAACUGAAAAUUAUCUUCUCCACUGCUGGAAUAGAUGGAGUUGACAGUGAUUUGACUGGUAAUAAAGUACACAAAAUAUCCAGUGGGUAAAUCUAAUCAAAAAAGGCCCUCUUUUUUCCUAAAAUGUAAAUUUUGUGAUUUACUAAAAUGGUAGAGACAUUAAUUACAGAAAAGGAUCCAAUUGGUAUAAAACUCUUGUCUUGUAUUUUAAAAUUUGUUGACUGGCAUUGUCAUGCACGGGUCGGUACAUGUUGAAAGUGAACAACUUUAAACACUGUUAAAGUCUAAUUAUAUUUGUCCCAGUCAUUGUGUCUUCCAAUUUAAUUGUCAACUGAUCUGAAAUUUCCUGUGCAGCACCUACUCAUCCUAGUUCUUAACACUCCAGGAAUCAACAUAUUUCAUUUCAAUACAAGGACUGAUAGUUAUAAAAGGAAUGUCUGCCCUAAAUUGUUGUUGCUUCAAAUCUAAAUCUAUCUAUUGAAGCCUCAGAGUCACCAUGGAGCAGUGCACUAAUGUUUUGAAUUGAUCCCUGUGACAAUUUGUCUGAAGGUCAGAGGUGUCAGCACUUUGAUUACCACUAUCAUCAAUUUGGUUGCCCUUGAAUGUAAGAUCUCUGACUUGUUCCUCCACAUGCACAUUUUUAUAGUCGCCAUCUUAACAUUUAGUUGGACUGGUUUCCUUAAUGAGGCAACAGGCACCAUUGUGCAUCCAAAAUGGCUGCAUUUUCAUUUUCUACCAUGAACUUUUUCACACUUCCUAUGAUGGUAAAAAUAAUCACUUGAUGAUCCUGUCAAAAUCUAAUCACCCCCAAAAAUGCAUGUGGGGUGGCAAAAGAUGAACAUCUGCCAAGUUUCUGUCGGAAAUUGAAAUGUUCAUCAGCCAGCAGUCAGUCAACUGUCCAUAAGCCGGGGCUAAUUUCCACGCUAUGAAGGCUGCGUGGGGUGUUGCCUAGCAUGAACACACACAGGCUGCAAAACGCAACUGUUGCCUGUGUGGGGUUUUCUAAAAGCCAGGCUGAUGAAUCAUCAGGAACACAGUUACCAUUUUUAUAAUACAUUGACAGAAGUCUGAAGUCAAAAAAUGAAUUCUCUUGACACAAGCUGGUUUCAGUGACUUGAUAUAAGUUUAUUGGAUGAGAAAAUAAGCAAAAAAUGUACAUUUUGUUGAAAGUAGUUGUGAUAAAACAAGGUAAGAAGUUUAUUUACUUGGAAUUCGGAUAAUAUGAUGAUACCUGUUCAUUAAAGAAGCUGAAUAUUACAGAGAAGCUGUCAAUUAAAAGCACUUGUCUAAAAGCACAACGUGUGUGUGUGUGUGUGUGUGUGUGUGUGUGUGUGUGUGUGUGUGUGUGUGUGUGUGUGUGUGUGUGUGUGAAUCAGACCUUCCUGUUGGCCUUUCUCGCAGGAGUGUUUUCCUGUUGCUCUUAGUAUCAAACAGUCUGUUAGUUUGAUCCUGUUAGGUUAAUCCCACCUCUCUCCUUAUCCAUCGUGUGUCUUUCUUUGUCUUUCUUUUGUGACACCGUUUCCUCGUUGGCUUGGAUGCUGGUAGGCAGAGAUUUUCGAACGUAGCUUUUCUCGCCAAGAUCCUGAUUUAUUCGGGAAGGACAUCAACCUUAACAAACAUUUUUGUCUGAAUAGAUCUGUAAUUUGGGAUUACACUUGGAUUUGUAUAUUAUUAUCUUUGAUGAGGGACUUGACUGGCAAGCAAGCAUACUGUGACCACAAACCUGAAGGCUAAAGGAAACACACGUUUGCCUCACGCCAGAUCAACUGCAAGUUAGGUUGAGUUAGCUUUCCCAAUACUGCGACUGCUAGGCCUCAAACGUCUACCACAGAAACUAAUUGGUGACAUCACUAGGAGAGACUACAUCUAUGUUGUACACAGUCUAUGAUUCAAACACUCUUCCUGAUCAUAAAAUAGAACUGACCUUUGCCUGCUCAAAGUUCAGUGUGGUGAAUUUGUUUUUAAAGUUCUUCUUCCAUAGGAUAGUGUCAGUGAAUUCUUUUACGCCCCACAGCUGUGUGUUGAAAUGUGGUUGUAGUUUGUUGCUGUUUAAGAGCAACGAAUCAGUGUGGGUUUAUCCAGGGUCAGUUAGCUUGGUUCAGAGUUAUUGAUCACUCAUCUAAUCAUUAUUACACUGCUGUAACAAUCACAGCAGCAUGCACUGUUUCCACUAUGAAAGGAAAGUGCAAGCAGUUCAGAGUUUAGCCUGCUAAUAGAGACGUUCCCCUUGUUUUGCCUUUUAAUGCACACAUUGUGCCCCCCAGUUGUGUUUUGUCUGGCUUUUGCCCCACUUAUGUUUCCUACAUCUGUUAAAAUGGCAAAGAGGUUUUACAUAUCACUGAUGAGAUUUGAAGUCUGGUACUAUCAGUGGUAUUGAGAAGUUUCAUUACUAUUUGCAGCAUCAAGACACUCACCAUCAGUGACUCGAACAACAUGCUGAUCAGCACCAAGGCAACCUUUGUUGAAAGAAAAAAAUGGGGGGUGCAGACAUAGACUUUGGAUUACCCAGAGGUUUCAUACAUUUACCCAGUACCCACCCACCUCGAGGCUACAGCUGACCCCAUUUUUUGUCUUUUCUUUUUUCUCAAGUCAUGGAGGGAAUGGUCUAAUCUUUUUUGACACUACUGUCCUACUUAGAGUAUUCAUCUGCACUUUAUUGGAUGCUUCUGCACCUCACCCUGCUUCAGUGCAUUUCAGGGUCAAAGUAACGAGGCCGAGGGCAAAAAGGCAGUGGAUUUUUGAGUGUUUUUCUUUUGAAUUGACAAGAAUUGUCAGAGUAGUUAGUGUGUAAUAAUGUCACUGAAUAUCUGGUUGGAUCAGAGAAGGUUCUUUACACAUUACACAUACGCUGUGCUGUGUAGAGAAGGCCAAGGAAAAUAAUAGAUAUCUGCCCAAAGCUAAGGGAAAUCUGCACAGUUUACACUUGCUGAAGAUGCAAGUUGUGCACAAAGUGCUACAUGGACAAAAUAGCACAGAACUCAUAGGAGAGGCAAGAAGACGGUUUGGGGCUGUAGAUACUUCUUUUUAGGCCUUAGCAAGACAGAGACAGAAUUUGGUAGCUCACAAUUUUCAAAGCAAUAUGCCUGCAGAUGAAUUAUUCCAUAAUGUCCCCUUUAAACCAGAUUUCUGGUUAGAGGGGCAGGAGUGACAUUGGUAAGUCUGGUAGGGGCUGCUGUGGCGCAGAGAUCAACGGAAGGAACUCUGCUGUAGCUCGGCUAAUAGAGGAGGUUUUAGAGUGUCUCUUCUUAACCACACCUCCAGCUGGGUCACCAUGAUGAAAAUGGUUGUGUAGAAAAAGAUGAUUGACACUACACUCAGUAUGUUUACAUGACGUUUACUCAGAUUAAGAUCGGACAACUGAAGUGCAUGUGAACACGUGCUCGACUCCAAUCAGAGUUUGAGAACUCUGAUUAGAGUCGGAUUACGACUCUGAUUAAAGUCCGAUUACGACACCCAGAUAAUCCGAUUUGGAAUUCGGUUUUCUCUACCUGAAAAGAAGACUGUCUACCAUGUAACCAGCGUAGUCGGAGUAUGAUCGAACAAUGCAUGUGCGCGUGCACCACACCUCCGUAACCCCAGAACAAAAACACCAGAGAAGAGGAGUAGCGUGCACCUUAUCUGCAGAAAAAGUAGCACGUCCAUCAUGUAAGACAAAACAGCGCUGUAUGAUGCUUCAUCUUCUUGCUCCAAAAUGCCCAGCAGCUGUUGUUGUUGACAGUUGUUUGGGGUCGGAAACAGCUGAGAAGACUCAUAUCACCCCCUAGUUUUGGGGAAGACACGUUCACGUCUAUAAUUCAAUUUUUUCUCAGUUGCAUGUAUAUGCGGACAAGGAGAGAAGUCCGACUCCGCAAAAAUAACAAAAUAAUGAGCUUAGUCCGAUUAAGCUGUGCAUGUAAACGCACUGACUGAAUCAUGCAGUUUCAGAUUAAGGGGGAAGGAAGUCUCAAUGGAUGUAAAUUCAUUACCGUCUUUUUGUAAUCUGCUGCUGGCCUUGUACGUAGAGAAGUACACAGUACAUACGACUUCUGUGUCUGCGUGAAAGUUGUGCGUCUGCAGCAGCUUCUAUACUUUGCAAGGGAAGUAAUUCUGCACUGUAGCCAUACCUGGCAUCUGUAACCAUCCUGACACCCUUCCUUUUCAUGCAGAAUGGGAAAUUGCUGUUUUCCUGUUUGACGCUUUAGACACACUCUGUUGCUGGAAUUGUAUUAUUCUUUUUGUUCACUUUCAAUCAUUAUAAAACAUUAACAACACAAUAAUUCUAAAACUAGCAGGUCAGAUUGAAUUUCAAUAAACCCGACACACAUGUAGUUUCUGUAUUUAUUCCUACAGUCUGAAGAAUACAUGUAUCAUCUCCAUUUCCCAACAUGUAGUGAUCCAAGCUUCUGUCAUUCAGUGAUCAAAGACUACAACACACUGAUUUUCCCCGACUUCCCCAUACUCUGUUGGGCAAGUUUUCCUCUCACACCCACACCAACACUUCUCUCAGUCUUCACAGUGACAGAAAUGACUGGAACCCUGACUACACAUGACUUCCUGGUAGCUUUGGUCUUGUUAAACAGUGCUAUAGAGGGGCAUGUGGUCAGGAUGUCAAGUAAAGUGUAGUGUUGUUGCAGGUUGCAGCUGCACCCUGCAGCAACACUUAACAGACACUUGGGCAUGUAUGCCUUCUCCCAAAUGUUGUAAUGCUUUCUUUUCUGCGUUGCAUGAUGAGAUGAAGACCUGGGGACAAAAAACACUCAAAUAAGCUCUCCCACUGGCACCUAUGAUAGGUGCUCUCAUAGUCAAAUAAUCUAACAGUCCUGUGGUUUCUCUCCUGAUCAUUACUCUUUCUGUCUCCCUCCAGGGAUGGCGGCCAUCCGUAAAAAGCUUGUGAUAGUGGGGGAUGGAGCUUGUGGAAAGACUUGCCUCCUCAUUGUCUUUAGCAAGGACCAGUUUCCUGAGGUCUACGUCCCAACUGUGUUCGAGAACUAUGUUGCUGACAUUGAGGUGGAUGGCAAACAGGUGAGACAUUUACCGUGGUUCUGUGGCUAUAGGAUCCACCUUUUUUGUGUCUGAGCAGUACCCAGUGGUAGAUGGAUCCAAAUCCAGAUCUGUUUUAAAGCUUUAGUAUUCAGGGCUGAAACGAUCCCUUGAGUACCUCACUUAGAAAAAAUGAUUGAGGAAUAUUCUCUGCCUCGAGUACUCGUUUAUAAGCUCAGAUCAUCACUGUUUUACACGGAUUAUUCUCAAGGUGACACAACGUGCUUACGUCACCACAGUAGAAGGAGGAGUAAGCGCGGUUUUGGUUUUGCGGUGCAGAAAAAAUGAAUGAUGAGAGGGGCUUUUCUUCUGCAGAGCUCCAGGAGCUCAUUAGCAAUUCACCUCUGAGUCGUGGGCGGAGACAGCACUGCUCUGCACACUUGUCUUCAUGUGAGCUUGCGGCCUAACACUGCCGGUGUAGUAAAAGUAACAGGUAACACAGGAGCUAUUCAGCUCUCGGACAAUAAAGUCUUUGAGGACACGAUGAAAGUUAAUAUCAUAAUUAGCAUUUUUAUGAGCAUUGCAAUACGCUGAAGCACACGCUUGUUCCGUGUUCCUUGUUUCUAAAGAAGGAAAACCAUUGAUUGUUUAUUAUUAAGUUAAAUUUCUUAAUUUCUCUUGUAUAUCAAUAAUUGCACUUUAACUAAUAAAAAUUCUGUUCUAUCCGAUUACUUAAAAAAUCAAUGGAAUUUUGGGUAGAAUACUCAAUGACUAAAAUAUUCGAUAGCUGCAGCCCUAGUAGUAUUGCCUUGUUGAAAGACUAUUUGUCCGAUUGAGCACGUGUUCACUGCUGAGCAAAGUGUCCCUAGAAUCAUAAUUCCUAUAGAGUAGAUGUGUCAAAACUUCACAGAGAAUUUUGACACUUUUGAGUAAUCUCUUGAAGAUUUCUAAACGCUGCAACACAUCCCCUCCCCUCAAGUCCCAGCAGUGGUUUAUGUGCUGUUACCAGGGCUAAUUUUAUUCCCUGGUGCUUAAUCAUGCUCAACGCUUUAAUUCUACCCUCAGGGCCAAGUGAGCCAAGUGUUGAUAAAACUGCACUGCUUCAUUUUCACAUCUUCUUCUCUGCAUUGACGCACUCAUCUGCUAAGCCUGUUAUUUCCUACAGAAUGCUGUUUUGGAGCUUAGUCAGAGACCUUCACAUGAAACACCAUCAAACUCCCACAUUUCUAGUUCAUCUUGAGGUGUUUGAUUGACCAAAAAAAGGGCUAUGGUGCUUUUUACUGUGACUAGAGCUAAGUUUAACUUUCUAGCAGUAUAUAAGCCUGCUGUAUGGUGUCAGACUCUUCAUGAGUUCUGUUUGUGAUGUACUCUAUUAGUGCCAGUCUGGAUAGCUGAAGCAGCCAGCCCAGCUCAUCAGUCAUAAACCCUCACGACCUCAUUCUGGGUUAAUGGGAUUCAGGGACCUGGAGUCUUUAUUGGCUGGUUGAUUUCCAGCCCUCUGCACUGCCGAGGACGACUCCAGCUGCGCUUUGUCAAGAGUCACACUUCAAAAUGGCUUGAUCUGGUUUUCUUUCCCUAUUUAGCUUAGCUGUCUACUAAAUGGGGUUUUUAUGGGUCACUGUCAGAUUUACCUCUGCAGGGUUUAGGUGCUGUGUGCAGGGGUAUUUAUUAUGAAUAACAACCACUGAGUUAGAGGUUGAUGUUAAUCAGACAAGAAAUUCUUGAAGAUGAAGUGGACACUCUCUUCCCCCUCUUGUUUGUUUUCCCUUCAUGGUCUCUGUCUUUGCUUCCCCUUUUCUCUGCACUCUUUCGUCCUUCUCUCUGCCCUCUCUAACCACAAUGCGUGUCUAUGUCAGGUGGAGUUGGCUCUGUGGGAUACUGCUGGUCAGGAAGACUAUGACAGGCUUAGACCUCUCUCCUAUCCAGACACUGAUGUCAUCCUCAUGUGCUUCUCCAUAGACAGCCCUGACAGCUUGGGUGAGUAAAACCACAACUACAAACAGGAGGACAGACACAUUUACACAUGACAUAAAACACCACAUCACUGUCUCCACCAAGAAAAUCAAAAAGGGAAGAUUGCAUCAAAGUUAUUUCCGGGGUCUUCAUCCUUUUGUACUUGAAAUGCAUACAUUUACACAGACACACUUAGACAGAUCACUAAUUAUGCAAUGGCACAAAGCCAUGCAGUAAAACAUCAAACCAUACAAUGAUUAUGAAAAGCAGUUUUCUGAUCAUAUGGAAAUGACCCUGAAAAUCAAAGAAAUCCAAUGAAAAGAGGUCUGUAGUUUAGUAUUCCUCAGACAGUACAGCUCUGUUUUUGCUGACCAAGUAGGACUUCAUCAUAUGAUGGCCAGCAGAGAUAUAAGCACUCCUUUACGAAUUUUUCUUCCUUUUUAGUCAGGAACAGAAUUAUCUCUUCAGUACCUCACGGUUUGAAUUAAAUCACAAAAGUAGUGUUAUUCUUACGUAAGUGCUGACAAAGUUAAUUCCACUGUCAAAUGUCAAAAGGUCAUUUUGGCGGCAUCAAAUACUGGAACAGUUUUUUUUUUUUUUUUAAACUUUAGCUUAACGAAGGGUACCCACUUUUCAAGGAGUAAACAAAGAAUUGAGUCAGUUUUGUGAAUAGCUGUUCUUUUAUUUACAGGGUUCCUAUGCAAGUAUGGAAAUAAAUGUGAUCAAUUUCCAGGUCUCAAAAAGUAUGGAAAGUGAAAAAUAAAGUUUGGAUAAAUAUUUAUGUUUCCAGACUAUUACUACACUUCUAAAAUACUGUUUUCUAAAAUGGAUUUACAAAAAUAAUUUUAUCACCCUGCAGUCUUAGAACAAAUGCCAGUGUUAAGAUCUCUCUCAUGUUUUGCUUUUAACAGCUGUGGUUCACCACCAACCAUUUCUAGAAGGUUGAUUCCACUACUAAAAGAAAACUAUAUUCUCCAGAUGAAUCCCCUCUAGUGAACCUGGUACUCACACAUGCAUAUGCACAAACUUCAUUGAAUGAUGACUUAUCCCCUACCACUUUUUUUUCUUCUUCUUCUUUUUCAUUCAUAGAAAACAUUCCAGAGAAGUGGACCCCAGAGGUCAAACACUUCUGUCCUAACGUCCCCAUCAUCCUGGUAGGAAACAAGAAAGACCUCCGUAAUGAUGAGCACACACGCAGGGAGCUUGCCAAGAUGAAGCAGGUAACAUGAGUAACUUUUUUAAAAUGAACCUUUCAGUGUGUUUCUACGAUUACAGGAAUCAUGACCCAUAGGUCAUUCAAGACUAAGAAGCUGUUGUUUUUUUUUUUCAAGUAAAGAAUCCCAUCUCUCGCAGGCUAGCUAGCUUAUUAGUAACUUUAUUUUUCACAGACUUUAAAUAUCUGCAUGUACACUGAAUUGAGUUUCUAAUGUAAGUUAUCCCUUUGUUUAAUAGGAGCCAGUGAAGGCAGAGGAGGGCAGAGAAAUGGCCGGCCGCAUUGCAGCAUUUGGUUAUAUGGAGUGCUCUGCCAAGACCAAGGAUGGUGUCCGGGAGGUGUUUGAGAUGGCCACCAGGGCAGCACUGCAGGCCCGCCGUGGCAAGAAGAGCAAUAAAUGUGUGCUGCUGUAGAGUGGCCACUGCAUUUGGACUGUUUUCACCCUGGGCUACUGUACCUGGGGGGCUUGUGAGGGACAGGGAAAACUAGACAGGAUAGGGAGGGAGGGGGAGGAAAAAAAGUGCAGUACAUGACUAUUGCUGUAAAAUGACUGUUUGUUGGACCCUGGGGCUUGGAUUUGGGAAGUGUUGAUGAAGAUGGACAGGCAGGAGGAAAAGUUUAGGAGGGAUCACAGUUCCACGAUAAACCAUUGGACUCUUUUACCUGUGGCUUUCCUUAAGGGUGGAGAAGUUUCACCAGCCACCAGCCAAAUGCUGGGACAUCAAGUCUUUUCAACAAACCACUUACAUUGAUGAGAUCAUUACGAGAUUCUGGUCCUGUAACAAUCUAGCUGACAUAAGACAGUGAUUUGGGUGAGUUAUGAGAUUUUCCAGUGACUGAUUGUCAGUGUGAGCAACAAAAGGUGUAGUUUGUCUAGAUAAUUUGACACAUGGAGAGAUGCAAACAAACAGCGCAGUAGAGGAGAACCCCUGUAAACAGCCACCAGUUUGCUGUUUAUCCCCAGGUGCUCGUGCCGGGACUUAGGGCCACAUGUUGUACAAUGGGACAGUUGGGAUCCGAGGGAUGCCAUGCAGUGGUGUUUGUGUCGCCAUGAUCUGACUGUAUUCAUCAAACAGUUAACAUAGUUUUGCAGAUCUAGCUCCUUUGUUUUAUGCUGUAGUUACUUGAGCAGGUUAUCUGAACAGGCCCUGAAGUAGACAUCUCACCUAUGAACCAUCCCAAUCAAGUGCUUCUUUACGCAGUGCUUAAGCAGGUGGGAGUUUGGUCAACUCUCUGUCAUGAAGUUCCCAAAUAAGUGAGAGAUUUUUCAAGUUAAUUCUGUGAUUGUUGUUGCAUUCACAGUGUUAGAUUGAUGGUCACGUGCCAUCACGUGUGCAGGCCAUUUGGUAUUAUCAGAGAAGAGUGGAGCUCCAUGCUCACGUGCCCAGCUCAGUCCUCUACUGUAGCUAAUCCUGUGCUUACAGACUCACUGUGACAACACAGUUACUUACCUGAUCCUGAAUGUAAGGUUUGAAAUGAAAGAUUAGCUCCCAAUGCAUGUUUAAAAGUUAGACCUGUACUUGUGCAUCAUUGUUGGACCAGUAAUUACAAAGUGACUCCCACCACCUGUAGUCCCAACACUGAAAGUUUGAUCCAAAUGAGCAGCAUCAAGGAUUUGUUUGCUGGAGGGUGUCAUCAGCUGUUGCUCUGCAGGUCUUCAUCUCUGAACAUAUUCUUUCAAGUGUAAAAGUGGAAGUGGCAGGUGAAUUGUGGUCCCUCUAAAAGAUAAAAGUAGCCUUCUGCCCUGCAAAGUACAACAAGAGCAAACUCUGCCCUGGCUCAGCUCCCAUCCCUUUCCAGUUCCACAGAGCUGACUGCUGGUGCUCAUUUCCCCCUGGCUUUAGACCAGGAUGAAGAACAAGGAGAGGAGAAGACUGUGUUUACACACCACCAACUAUGAAUCUUUGUAUCCAUGAUUGACAACUCUAAUUUCCGCUGUAUUGGCAUGUGUAAAAGAUCAAAUAACCAAAAGUAGUGACUUUUGGGGGGUAAAAAAAAGUGUGCCUGAUAUAAACUUGUUUUUCGCCACAUAUGUCUGCCUUUACUGGUGUACUAUUGGUAUCUGACAUCUGUUUGGAUAGUUAACUGGCAAAGACAAAUAUGACACAUAACCUCAGAUACACAAUACUGUGCAUUGAAAAUGCAAGAAUUGUUAGGUUGGGCAACUGACAAGUUUUUGGGUGACACAUGCCAGUAGUCAACAUCAUUUACAGACAGAGUGAGAAUGAAAGACCUGCUGAAUGCUGAGACAGUUCUCUGCUCUAAAAAUGGUGAGCGUGACCGGCUUUAUUUGGGAUUAUUCAGCCCUCCCUGACUCUUCAGUGUCAUACUGCUGGGUUCAGGGUCUCUUGACCAUGUUUUACCCUCCUGUUCUUCCUCCUGGCCUGCUGGGAGGAGCCUGUUCCAGAAACCCGGUCUUGUGAUGUUUUUAAACUUUAUUUUCUGCUUUUUAAAAAAGAAGUCAUAAAUAUGUUGUCUAUCAGUAUUUAAAAUAGGAGGUGGAUGAUAGGGGACUGCUUACGUGUUGUUGCUUUUAGUUUAUUCUCAUGUGCUUUAACUGAUUUUUCUUGAUGAUUUACUUGUGGGUGUAAGGACCCAUCAAUCAUCACUGCCAAAUGCUGUUGUUAGGCAGUCAGGAGAAAGGCUGGCCCCUCGGCUGCCUGUCUAGAACAUUACUAGGACCACAUGUGCUGGCUCUUUUUCUGUUUGUUUGUUUUGAACACAAACUUGGCUGAAGAGACAAAAAAGGAAAACGAUGUUAGUCUCCUUGUCCUGUACAAAUCAUUUUAUUUCUAUUUUUAAUGUAUUUUUUUAAAUCCUAAUUUGUGGAUGUUGAAGCAGUGACAUAAACAAAGGAACAGGAAAACUAAGCUGUAUGCAAAGUGUGUAAAUAUGAAAUGUGGGUUUGUUCAUACUAGACUAAACACACGCACAGGACUGGAAACUGUAUUUGUAUACUAGCUUUGGUUUGUGUAAUAAAUUACUUUCUAUAACACUCAGCUGCCUUUCA